AUGUUGCCAGUAUUACUUAUCUACACAACUGUAGCGUUAAAAGUCACAGCACAGAUGAACAUCACCCCAUUGGGAAAUGCUACAUCAAGUUCAGUGUAUUACUGGGGUAAACCACAACAUGCGAUAGAGCCACCUGAAUCAAACAAAUGGAGUCCUCAUAAAUGUACACACACACUUAAUGGUAAAACGGAAGCUUGGUGGAUGUUCACAUUUUCUUUUGGAUAUGCAUACAUUACAGAUAUAAAAAUAUACUACAGAGAACAUUUUGCUUACCGGAUGGAUGGAUUCAAAAUAUACGUUACCAACACUUCAACUAUUCCACCUGAUGGUUAUCUUUGUUAUGAAGAUCCUGAUCCAGGUCUUCCAAACAUCACUCAGACUAUACCUUGUUUUCAACUUGGACAAUAUGUUAUUUAUUAUGACACUAAAGGAGAUGGAACAUAUGGAAACUGGGGGCCUACAGUUGAAUUGUGCUACGUUGCAAUUGAAGAAUGUCCGCCUUCAUAUUAUGGCAAUCUUUGUCAAAAUAGAUGUCCGGUGAACUGUAGUGGACCAUGUGAUCUUGAGACUGGACAAUGUACUUAUGGAUGCAUCAAUGGAAGGUUUGGUGAAACAUGUGAACUAGAAUGUCCGCCUUCAUAUUAUGGCAAUCUUUGUCAAAGUAGAUGUCCAUUGAACUGUAGUGGACCAUGUGAUCUUGAGACUGGACAAUGUACUUAUGGAUGCAUCAAUGGAAGGUUUGGUGAAACAUGUGAACUAGAAUGUUUAUCAUUCAUAGCUGACAAGAAAUAUUUUGCAUUAGCAAUGAAAGAAAAUCCACCAGAUAUAGUUGGAGGCGUUAAAAACAAAAAUAACAUACUUAUGAACAAUGUUUUACCGACUCAAAGAUGA